AAAGACACCAAGAUCAGCGCACCUGACGACUUUAAAGGAGAAGCCUCUAAAGUCCAAGAAUUCAUCACCAGCUACGAAUUAUAUUUCGCUGCAAACCCGGAGAAAUGCAAGAAGGAUGAAAAGAAGAUUAUCUUCGCUCUGUCGUAUAUGAAAGGUGAUACGGCAGGAGCAUGGAAGACAGUCUUCUUGGACAAGGUCAACGGACCUGAAGAGGAUAGCGACGAUGAAGAA